UUUGAGAGUCAGCUACGUUUUGUUCAGUCCAACACCGUGCUGAUACUCCAUCAGUGUCUUCAUCUGGGUUUCUCCAACUGCUCAGAGACCUGUGAACAUCUUCGGACCAACACCCGCGUUACCACACAUUUGGUGUUUUAACUUUAUUCUCUCUGCACAAAGACACCCAAGCACCAGGGAAAGGUUCCACCUGAGGCCAGGUACUGGUGCAGCUGCUGCAGUAAAUCCAGUUUUUAGUGGCCCCACGGAGCCGAUGGAGCAGCCGCUGAGCAGCAGGGAGGUCGGACUGCCGAGCGGACGAACUCAGACCCCUGCAGGUCGGACAUGUGGUGAGCCUCAGGAGUCUGACUGGAGUCCUCCUCAUCAGCAGUACCUGAAUCUGACCAGCAGAGGGCGAAACAACAAUGCACACACUCAGACUGCUGCUGCUGCUGCUUCGUCCGUCCAUCCUCUCAUCCCUCUCCUCCUCUACAGUGACAGACACCUCCCUCCAUCCUCCCCGUACAGUCAGCCAAUCAGAGCACCUGCUGCCCGACGGGCCGACGCCCACUCCGGGACACAGCCAUGUUGCUCUGGCAACAGCGUCGCCAGCAGCAGGCAGCUGGUCAAGAAGCCUCUGAACGCCUUCAUGCUCUACAUGAAGGAGAUGAGACACAAAGUGCUGCAGGAGGGACGAGAGAGGGAAAGCGCCGCCAUCAACCGCAUCCUGGGACGCAGGUGGAACGCCCUGCCGCACUCUGAACAGUCCAAAUACUACGAGCUGGCCCACAAGGAGAGACUGCUCCACAUGCAGCUCUACCCGGGAUGGUCCGCCAGGGACAACUACGGUAAAAGGAAGAGGAAGAGGAGCCAGCAGCCAACAGGAAGCUGCUCCAGCUGGACUCUGACUGCUGGAUGAGACACCUGAAGAGACAACAUGAGACAGACGCACACUCACACCCAGCAGCUGGACAUUCAGCAGAUCGGAUGGACGUGAUGGACAUUCGCUCUCUGGCAACCUUCACUGUUGUACGUGGACAGGCCCGCGUGUACUUUGUGUAUCACUCGGCACUUCAUGAUCCUGACUGAAUAAAUUCAUUUCUGA